GUGAACCGCAAUCGAUGUUCAUUACAACCAUAGAGGAGCCACACAAUAUUCUUACAACGUCUUGGAAGUAACCCUAACACCUGUCGAUUACAACACAUUUCUACGCCUGGAAGAUAAAACAAUCAUGAAGAUCUUAGAGGCACAAUCGGCAACCCUUACCAAUUUUGAGGUCUACACCCAUUUGAAGGACAUUCAAACGAAACACCGCACAGGAGGAAGAAGACCAGGUAAUCUUGACAAUGUCAUGAAAGAGGUGAAACUCUACUUCAACAUAAUCCUCAAAGUCAAUACUGAUACCUUUAGUUAAUUCAAUACCUCGAAGAAGCACCAUCACCACUUGCACAAAAGCCCUGUCCAUAUAAAGAAGAUACAAUCAGGAAUCUUCUUGAGCAGCUCCGUCCCUACGACUUAACCAAAGCCGAAAUCCUCAUGAUAAUCAAUCACCGGCCAACAUCGAUGGAAAACCUUAACAUCAUUAUUGAAGAGUUGGAGUUGAGGUUUCCGGAUGAAAAUGAACAGUGGGCAAUAAUAGAUAUUGUUAAAGAGGUGCUGGGCGCACAGGAUGCGGAAGAAAUGAAGCAGGCCAUGGCAGAUAAUACCGAAAUGGCCAAGAAAGAUGAACAGAAAAGACAAGAGGAUGAAAAGAGGAGAUACGAUUCGAUGUUGAUGGAUGAAUGAUGAAUGUGUAAAAAUGUUGGCUAAUCGAACUUCUUACAUGCGGAUGAACGUCAAUUCUGAAUAUCGUCAACAAGAAAAAUUGGAUGAAGCAAUUCAUGCAUAGCAUGAAUUCAUACAGGAGUUUAUGCGAACGAAGCGCUCAUAACGGAAUGGAAAUUCCAUUUUCACUUCGUCGACGUAUAAUGACAGUCCUGCCGUCCGACAUGAGGAGAGAUCACGAGUCACUAGGCUCCCGACAAUUCCACUGAUAGGGAGAAGAAGGUUAGGGAAGUCAAUUCUUGUUUCUAGAACGGACAGCAUGGGUAGGCAUUCAUGGCGUAAGGCUGUUUGUAAGCCUUAUACCUUACUCAAUACUUGUCAUGUUCUCAUCAUAACAUGUCGAUAAUGACUGAGGAUAUAGUAUUAGUAAAAGUAGGACAAAAACGGCUGUGUGUUGAAUGACAUCAAAACAUUAAACCAGAAAAAGUGUUCAGAAGUCAAAGUGAGGUU